AUGACGGAUCCAGUAGCGCCUGUCACGCACGCCGUGGAGGCGAUCCAGGUUAGCGACAUGCCGGCUGUGUACUUCAACGAGGCGGUCGGUAGUGACGAGACCGGCCAGGGCACGGAGGCUGCACCGUUCGCGACAGCUGUGGGCGCUAUGACGGCGCGCGGCGCGCAGAUCCAGCUAUUUACGAAGAAGGCCGAUGCGGACGGGUACGAGCCGCUGUCUGCGUCGGGUGUGAAGAAGGCGAAGAAGCUGUAUGAGAUGGCACAGAAGAAGAAGCAGAAGGCCGCUGAGAACGCCUCACAGGAGGCUGAGCGUGCCGCACAGGAGCAGAAGAAGCUCGAGGAGAGCAAGAAGAUCACGCUUGCACCGCCGGAGGGCGCGCCCGCACCGAAGCGCAUCAAGAUCGUGGCGGGUGUGCAGCACCGCGACACGCGCGUCAAGGUGUGCGGCUGGGUGCACCGCCUGCGUGUGCAGAAGGACCGCAUGUUCCUGAUCCUGCGCGACGGCACCGGUUUCCUGCAGUGCGUGCUGCAGGGGCGCUUGACGCAGACGUACGACGCGCUCACGCUCACGCUCGAGAGCUCGGUCGAGAUGUACGGUGUGAUCCAGGCCCUGCCAGAGGGCAAGACGGCGCCGGACCACCACGAGAUGGUGGUCGACUACUGGGAGUGUGUCGGCAAGGCGCCUGGCGGCGACGAGGCCAUCACAAACCGCGUGUCGGAGAACGCGGACCCGUCGAUCCUUGCGGAUCUGCGCCACCUCGUCCUGCGUGGCGAGACGGCGUCGUCGGUGCUCCGCGUGCGCGCGGCCGUGCUCCAGGCAUUCCGCGACGAGUUUGCGUCGACGGGCAUGCUCGAGGUGACGCCGCCGUGCAUGGUCCAGACUCAGGUCGAGGGCGGCAGCACGCUCUUUGCGUUCGACUAUUAUGGCGAGAAGGCGUACCUGACGCAGAGCUCGCAGCUGUACCUUGAGACGUGUCUCCCCGCGCUUGGCGACGUGUACUGCGUGCAGGAGAGCUUCCGCGCGGAGAAGAGCCACACGCGCCGCCACCUGAGCGAGUACACGCACCUGGAGAUCGAGCUGGCAUUUGUGUCGUUCGACGACCUGCUCUCGCACAUUGAGCAGGACAUUUGCGGCGUGGUCGACCGCCUGCUGCGUGUCGACAAGAUCCGCGCGCUGAUCGAGACGCUGAACCCCGGCUUCCAGCCGCCCAAGCGGCCGUUCCUGCGUCUGAACUACAAGGACGCGAUCCAAUACCUGAACGAGCACGGCAUCCUCAACGAGGACGGCGAGCCACACAAGAUCGGCGACGACAUCGCCGAGGCGGCCGAGCGCAAGAUGACCGACCAGAUGGGCGUGCCGAUUCUGCUGCACUCGUUCCCCCGUGAGCUCAAGGCAUUCUACAUGAAGCGUGUGCCGGGUAACGAGGCCUUUACCGAGUCGGUCGACCUGCUUAUGCCUGGCGUCGGUGAGAUUGUCGGCGGCAGUAUGAGGAUGAAGAACCACGCCGAGCUUCUGGAGGCGUACAAGCGCGAGGGCAUCGACCCCUCGCCGUACGGUACGUGCGAGCACGGCGGCUACGGCCUCGGUGUCGAGCGCCUGCUGGCCUGGCUCACGAACCGCUGGACUGUGCGGGAAUGCUCGCUGUUCCCCCGCUGGACCGGUCACUGCACGCCAUAG